AAUCACAGACCAUUCUCCUAAAAACACUUUGUGCAGGAAAAUUAUAAUUUUGAAUCUAACCAAAUUGUACAAUUGCGAGACACAACACUUUGGCACUUUUGCUGAAUGUUCGUUUGUUUCGUCAAUGACAGUAUCGAAAUACGACCAAGUUAAGCCCCAAUCUGACUGAUAAUACGUGGUUUAGGGUUAUUCACAGCAGGACAACCCAGUUCUGCGUGUGAACGGACUGCAAGAGCCACCGGGGCACUAUUUGUUUCACAUAAUACUUCGUUUUCCUAGCUUCUUAAAGACUCUGUGUUUGUGUUUGAACGUGCAUUGACGGUGACAGGCAGACAGGAAGGUGUAAUAGGAUUAAACAUCCAACUGUGAAUUAUUCCUAAUAUCGACCUCUACGAUACGAAUAGACUAUGGGAGACAACGGUCUUCCUACAUUCAACACUCUCUCAUCUUUAUAGAAGAAUAGGAUGAUUCUUUGUGUCUUUAAAUUUGUUACAAAAAAAUCAAAAGAUUGUUUUGUUUUCACGUUCCCUCUUUUUAAUUGAGCGAAACCAAGCCUUUUUUGGUUGCUUUUAUAGCUUUAUAGCCCCUUCCUAUUGUACAUGCCAGGAUACUUCCACAGCUACCUUUUAGUUAAACCAUGUGCCUCUGAGUGUGUGUAGAGUGUUUUUGUUAGGUGAUAAUUUCCCCGCAUCCCCCCACAAUCUUUUGGGACUUUUUUUUCUGUUCUGUUUCUGCCCCAUAACACCUGAGUUUUUCCCUUUCGUUUCAAGCAAUAUGUGCUGAAUACACAUAUAAUAUCAUGAGAGCGUUUCUACGUAAACUUACCUACCAAAUAUAAAGUAAACCAUCGUAACUAAACCUAUCCUAACGUAAUGGAAGGACAUUAACACACAACACUUUUCUGCUGACAUGCAUCAUUAUGAUGAUGAUGAUGGUGGGGCUAAGCAUAUGAUGGUUUAGCUGCAACAUUCGAAGCAAUGAGGGGUGAAACAAAUUCCCAAUCAAAUAACAAAACAAAUCUUCUUCCCCCUCCCCCAGCCGCACCGCUGUCCCUUCUCGUCAACAGUAGGGAAUGUGGUCCCGUUUCUCUAAAUUGCAAAAUUUGUGAUAAACUUUUUGCGUUCUUGCCUGGGAAUACAAUUAGAACCGGCACACACGGUGCGCGCUCUGUGCAGGAAUUAUCGUUUGCUCAAUUAUACACAAGAGAGAAACUCGGGACUCGGGAAAACGGUAGACAACGGCUACGUAAGGGAAGGAGAAUCAAACUCUAAGACCUAUUGUUUAUUUUUAUUAAGUAUGCACAGAUCUGGGACACUUGAGAACAAGACCAAGGAGUAAUAGAAGUAAUAGAAGAUCGUCUUUUUGAAAAACAAAUAACCGAUCUUGCACCAUGAACACAUUGAUGCUUUCUUUUUGCACGCUUGUGUGCAUCAGCAAAGUUGUUUUGUGCAACUGUACAACACACCAUAGUUAUGAGUUUAAAUAGUUUACGUUAGUUAGACUUUUUUCUGUGUACAAAUGUGUUUCGUUCUGUAUUGCUUUAUCAAAUUAUAAUUUCAUCCAUAUGACGUUUCAUAGCCCAUUUUGUUGAAAUGUGGUUCAUUUUUACGAUUAGUUGUUUUCCCACUUCUUUUGUUUGUUACCCAUUUUACAACAAUGGUUCAUGGUGAAAAACGGCCACACAAAACUUACACCGUGAGAGAGGCAUGAGAAGGAGGUAACAUCAAAAGUAGAGCAGCUAUGCAAGGAUAAAAGCUGUAUUUUGUUUUAAAUUCAACGGUUAUAUUCUUUUCGAAAUGAUGCGUCAAUACGCUUGCAAAAAGAAAAAAAGAAAGUAAAGCAAAAACAAAAAAAAAACAAACCAACAACCACAACAAGAAACAAAACUAAAAACAAUAGAGAAGGUUAAGUUAGCUUAAAGUUUAGACAAAAAGAGAAAAUGGUAAGGUGGUAAGCGCGUGUAAUGUAAGGAUUGGAAGAGGAAAAAGUUUAACAAAAAAAAAAAAAACAAGAAGAAGGUGGGUGAGACAUAUUUUAGGCAAAUAACAAUAACGAAAACAAAAUUGAAUAAGAUGCUACAGUAAACAUGUAAGGCUCUACUGUUAGGAUGGAAGCGGUGUGGUAUAUGAUAUGAUAAGACAAAAAGGAAAAUGUGAGCGUGUGUGCGCGCGCUAGAAAGUAAACGCGAAAAGUAUAAGGAAGGGAGAGGAAGGCGAAAAAUUUACAAAGAAAUUCUAAGUAAUAUUUUUUAAGUCUAGGCUAAAAAACGAAUUUUGGUGGUCGUAAGGAAACAAAAACAAACAAGCAAAAAAAAAGAAAGGGACGGAGAAAAGCGUUUGCUCGAAAAGCGGUGUGAGUUUUUUUGUUUCUUAUAUUUGAUGAUAGUUUGCUUGAGAAAGGACCGAUCGAGGGCGUACAGUAACGGAUGCGAAGAGUAGAAAGUGAGAGUAGCAAGAACAUGGUGUGUGUGAGGACAGACUCAUCAAAACCACAGUAAAAAAAAGCAGGCAAUUUAAAAUGCGCGAAACAUGAAAAGAAAUCUUUCUCUUUUUCUAAAACACACAAAAUUAGGCCUUAACUUUACUUGUGUCACACAGUACCAAACACCCAAAGGGGGGAAGUCUUAUUUUUCUGUUUAUUCGAAAAACAUAAUGGCAAUAUUUAGAAAAGGUUCUCCUAUUUCUACGAUUGUUUCGAUCUCGCCAAACAAUUCUAGACAACAAAUGACAAAAACUAAGUACAAACUAUGUUUUCGUUUCUUUUCGGAUCUGAUUUAUAUCCCUCUCAUACGUUUUGGCCUUUUAAAAUACUUCGUUUUUUUAUUGUUCUUUUAUGUGUUUGUGAAAACACAAUCUCUAAAUUGUUUAAUAUAUUUUCUGUUAAAUUUCACUCCCCCAAUACACACAGUUUGUGUAUGGUGUAUGGUAGAUAGUCCACAGGAACGUUUCCAAGCUAAAAGAAAACCAUGCGCAGGCAGGCAGAUGUGUAAAAGCAAGACACACAAGCAAAAAAGAACGAAACAAAACCGACACACGACUUGACUUCAAUUUUGCUAUUAAUUAUCAGUAACACUGGAUAAUCGAUAUAAACAACAAAAAAAGAACACUCGAAAGUAAUAAAACUACGUUUUUAGUUGCUUUACUACA